UGUGUUUGUCACAGAGAGAGAAACAGAAAGAGAGAGAGAGAAUUGAUUUACAAGUACUCCCCACUGUCUCCUCACAGUUCUUCUGGGCUUUUCAGGGACAAAACACACACAUUUCCACACUCAAACAUGAGAAACUAGUUAAGACAAGUAAUGUGAGAUAACGGCAAUUCAAAACGAGUCUUUGAUAGAGAGAGGGAAAGUGUGGGGGGAAAAAAGAUACACACAGAGACCGCAUCACGCAGAUCUUUCAGCAUUCCGCAGCAUUCCCAGCAGGGAGACGAGGAGAAAAAAGGGUCCAGAAGACAUCUGGACAAGAAAGGGGGAGGAUCGGACGGGUGGCAAGAGUUCGGAGAAGAAAGGAGGACCAGAAUAGGACAACAUUUGUGAUAAAGUUAGAAGAGGAACUAUUUCAAGAACAUUUUGUGCAUGUAUGUGAUGGCCUUGGAGGUCAAUCGACCAGCCUUACGAGCAUCUGCAGCCCCUGACUCCGAGGAAGAGGGCUAAAGACUCCAAUCGGCCCCAAAACAUCCUCAAAACACAAGAAUGAGUGGCGAUGUCCUCUAGCUAAACUUUCACUGUGCGACUGUGUGCGUUUACCCACGGGAGUGGACUAUUGUUGGAGUUUUCAGACGCUCCGGCAGGCAAGGGGGGACUGCGAGUGGACCAGCCCGGGAGCAGGGGGUACGGGGGGGGCGUAUGGCCGUGCGCAGGCUGGUGGCGGUGGCGGCGGCGGUGGCCCUGCUUUCUCUGGUGCUCAAUAACGUGGCCACGUUUAGUUCCAACUGGGUGCUACAAGAGCUGGAGGACGGGCGGCGGCGAAGCGUUGGGCUUUGGAGAGUGUGUCCGCACGAGGAUACGCACACUCACACACCCGCACCCUGUCAGAGGCUCAGCUGGGGAUCGGAUUUCGCAGGGUACCAGGAAUCACGCAGCACUGUCAAACUUCAGUUUGAUAUGAUGCGUGCAUGUAACCUGAUGGCUACGGUGGCUUUGACGGUGGGUCAACUGAUCUUCCUGUUUGGGUUACUGGAGAUAAGUCACAUUAGCCAGGACUCUCAGUGGUGGGAAGAGGCCAUCGCAGCCCUGUUCCAGUUGGCCAGUUUUGUUCUAGUGAUCGGUCUUGUGACGUUCUACAGGAUCGGACCCUACACUCACUUGUCCUACUCAUGCUACAUCAACAUCGCUGCAUGCCUGUUUGCAACGCUAGCAGCUGCCAUGCUAAUCUGGAAUAUUCUGCAUCGUCGUGACGACUGUUUGUCACCGUCUGUCAUUGUCAUCAGCCGAUCUUUGACCACGCCCUUCAGACCACGCCUUGAUAAUGACUAUGUGGAGUCACCAUGCUGACACGCAAAGACAUCUCAUCCGUUUGAGACAAAAUGACGUGAUGGACAUUUACAUGAGAGGGAUACAAACGCAUGUGAACAGGAUUUCUAUAUUUUUAUACGAAACGGAUCUCCUUGAACUUCACACUAAAGAGUGAUCAUGUGACUGCGAAAGUGACAGAAAUUAUUUUCGUACUAAAUGGAAUAUUUACAAAACUUGGAAGUAGGACUGUGGAUGUCAUGGCAAAGAUUCAUGAGACAUAAAUCUAACAGCGGACAGAGAUCAAGCUGGAUCUUGACACAUUUAUGGUCUUAAGUGCACUUAUGGAAAAGUAGAAGCACAUUUGUAUGCACAUGUAUCUAAUAUAGUUUUACGUAAAGCAGCAAUUUUAGAUUUCAAAAACGCUAGGCACUACAUUGAAUAAUGGUCUCAAGGUCAAUUAAAUAUAGUAAUUUACAGGCCGACAUGGAAUCUGCACACUUUAAUUUUUCGGUAACACUUUACAAUAAGGUCGUAUUCAUUAACCCUGUAAAGACUGACAUAUGAAAAUACCAUCAGACAAACUAUAAAAAGAAUUUAUAUAUGUGCACGUUUUUGAUACAUUAGGCUUUAAAGGUCAUUAUCCUCCUGAGGCCCAGCAAUUAAUUUUUGUGUAGGACAUUUGUUAUUUAAGUUUAUCUUAGCCCAUAAAUGCUACAGUGUUAUGACUACUUCCUCUCCUUGGUCUACAAAUAUGGAUUGAAAUGUAUCACAGUUCAAUUCAGCACAUCAAAUACAAUAUGAACAAAAUAAAAAGAUUUCAAUAAACAAUUUUUAUCAUUGCACCAAACACUAUAUUGAAAUAAAAAAUAAAAAAAACAUUUUGCUGGGUCUCAGGAACUAGAUGACAUCAUAACAGCUUGUAAUGUCAAAUAAUGAGAUUUUUAUAAUGUCAGAGCAGGCUGCAUAUAUAAAAAUACACACAAAUAUUAGUUCACAAUUUAAAAAUAUCUUACAAAAAGUAUAUGUCAGAAUUUUCAAAGCUCUGUGAUUUUUUUUUGUUUUUGUGAUGGGCAUGAAUGUAAUGUAAUGGUGAUUGAGAGAUUUACCUCAAACGCCUGUUGAAUCAUAUUUGAUACAUGGAUUUCAACAGGCUUUUUCAAUAAAAUAAUAUACAAAAUUUUAACCAAGCACAAGUUGCUUAUUUUCAGCAAAUACUCAUUUUAAAAUAUCAGUAACAAUAUAAUCAUUACUGUCACUUUCACUUUAUUCAAAUCAGCAAAAAUGUCACAUUUAAAACAAAAUUGUGCAUGCAAUACAAAAGUGGACAUUUUUGGAAAAUUCUUACAAAUAUUUUUCCAUCAAGAAAUGCCCGGAAACAUCCACAAAGUGACAGCAGAUAUCUAAUACAUUGCAGACAACAGGAUGUUCGGCAAAAUUGUGAUUAUGUUGAUGAUGCACAGGCUUUAGAAAAUAGCGUAUCAAAUUUGAUACAGGCAGUGUUAUAGGGUUAACAUCAGUUUAUGCAUUGACUAUCAUGUACUAACAAUGAUUAUAACUUUUUACAGCAUCUUGGUACGUUAAUUUAAAAAUAUACUAUUGUUUAUUGUUAUUUCAUUUCAUACUGCAUUAACUAAUAAUAACAAAUGCAACUUUUUCUGUAAAAUAUGUAUUAGCUUAUGUAGAAAUUAAUAUUUACCAAGAUUAAUAAAUGCUGUAAAUCUAUUAUUCAUUGUUAGUUCAUGUUAACUUUUGUUUUUACUACUGUUAACAAAUACAACCUUAUUGUAAAGUGUUACCAAUUUAUUUAUUUAUUUUUAUUUUAUUUUUUGUGCUGAUUGUGAGGAAUAUGUGGAAUUCUGCUAAAUGGAUUUAAAUGGGUAAAUCUCAUGAAAACAUGUUCGGGUCUUUUUUAACCACAAAAUAAAAUGAAAAAAUAAGAAUUUACACUGUUUGAUUUCUUUCCAUUUUGACAUUAUUUUCCUGACAGUUAAGCCCAUUUUCAAGUUAUUACCAUUAUUUGCUUCUAUGUUUUACUUUUGAGUUCUUUAUCUCAGUGGUGAUUAUCAUUAGAUUGUCAUCAUUGUAGUACAGUCAGUUUUACUGUUUUGCAAUCAAUAAAUACUGUAAUUAAACAAUUUUAUUAAAAGCAGCCAACAUUACAGAUAGUACCACCAUUACAAGUACAACCAUUAUGUAUUUAUACUUUAUCAUUUAAAUAAGACAUCAUUAUAAUUGUUUAUAUAUAUAUAUAUAUAUAUAUAUAUAUAUAUAUACAUAUAUAUAUAUAUAUAUAAAUGGGUUGGGGGUUGUGCUUAAUUGUCAUGAAAACAAUGUCACAACACAAAUAAAUAAAAAAAACUAAAAAAAAAACUUUUGAUUUUGGGGUGAAAUAUGACCCCAAGAAAUACAGUACUUUGCAAAGUUCUUAGGCACAUUAGAUGUUGGGAACAAAAAUCUGCUAACAACCUUGAAAAAUUGUGCGCAAGUUUACCCAGGAGAAUUGGUUCUAUUUUAAAGGCUUAGAGUAGUCACACAAAAUACUGAUUUCGUUUUUUAGGUUUACCACACUUUUUAUGAAAUUAAUUGAUAAAUAAAAAUUAUUCAUGCCAACAUUUUUCACUUCCUAAAACUUUGCACUUUACUGUAUGUUCCUGACAGGUUUCAUGAGAUUAACCUACAUAUGCUUACUAUGUAAUUAAUUAAAUAUAUAAUUGAUUAAUAUGUGAAGAGACGAGAUGAGUAGAAGGUGUUCCAGUUUUGUGUAAACAUGGAGAUUCCAUGCAGGCCUUGUCAUUUGGUACCAAAAAUUAUUUGAAUGGCUUCUGGCUGCUCAUUCAUCUCCAUUCAUGUAUGACAAUUCAUCUGAUGUUAUUAUAUUUCAACAUUAGGCUGUAACUUGCAAGCUGCCAAUGUGGAAACUCUGACUAAUAAUAUCAUCAAAGGAGAUGAUCUGAAAUUGACCACAACUUCAUCAAAGACAAACAUAUGAAAUGUUGGAACGAUGUUAGAAGUUCAGUAUACAACAGACACAACAUGUGCUAACCCGUGCCUGUGGUACCUUUAUAUAUAUAUAUAUAUAUAUAUAUAUAUAUAUAUAUAUAUAUAUAUAUAUAUAUAUAUAUAUAUAUAUAUAUUAGUUUAUAAUACAGAGCUAUCCUGAGUAUGUUAUUAAAAUCACAUUUUACUGUGGGCAGGGCUGAUGUAAGUGUAAUAUUAAAUAAAAACGUAAACCUAUUUAA